AUGAGUAAUACUUUUGAAAUGAGCAUGGUUGGUGAACUAACUUUCUUUUUAGGCCUCCAAGUGAAACAACUUGAUGAUGGGAUUUUCAUAUCUCAAUCAAAAUAUGCAAAGGAGCUAGUUAAGAAGUUUGGUAUGAAAGAUUCAAAGCAUGUUCAAACUCCUAUGAGUACUUCAUUCAAAUUGGAUAGAGACUCUGAUCCUAACAAGGUUGAUCAUUUCUUGUAUAGGAGUAUUAUUGGUAAUACUGAUGCUGAUUGGGCUGGUAACAAGGAUGAUAGAAAAAGUACUUCAGGUGAUUGUUUCUAUGUUAGUACUAACCUUGCUUCAUGGUAUAACAAGAAGCAAAAUUACAUAUCUUUAUCAUUUUGUGAAGCUGAAUACAUUGCUGCUGGAAAUUGUUGCACACAAUUGCUUUAG